CCCCACCCCCUCCUCGCCCAAGUCCCCCUAACAAUCUCCCCCUUCCUCUCCCUCCCUACCGCCACCCAGCUGCCCUACACCUACAAACAACUCCCAUCCACGCUGCCCGCCAGCAUCCUCUCGUCCCCACCUACCGCUACCGCGGCAGACCCCGCGCAAAACCAAACCCAACAGCAACAGCAACAACAACCAGCCUACAUCCUCUCCUCGACCGGCCAAACCGCCACGCCCGACGCCAUCCUCGCCUCCUGCCUGGCGCUGCAAUCGCACCUCGAGCACCUCUCGGCCUCCGCGCGCGCAACGUUGCAGGAAUGGGAGGACCGGCGCAAAGCGGCCGAUCUGGCGGAGAAGCGGCGCGUGGCGCCCGGCUGGCUGGACAACGAGGUGCAUUUGCUGCGGCCGGAGAAUGUGAGCGAGGAGGCGCAGAUGGCGGAGGUGGAGCGGGAGGGGAGGCCGGAGGCGCUGAGGCGGACGAGCGUGGGGAUUAAGGGGCUGGUGGAGAGGAGGGAUGGGGUGCCGGAUCCGAGGGAGGGGGAGGAGUUGGAUCGCGCGUUUGGGGGGCUGGAUAUCAAGUGA